CUCUUGUUUCAGUCCAGUGUGACUGAGGUGGUAAAAAAUGAUGGGAGGAGGUGAUUUGAGACAGAGAGCCGACUACAGUUAGUAAAAUGGACACACUUUGUUUCAGACACGACACAAAGUAACUGUAAAAGCCACAAAGAGCAGAAACAUCAAAAAGGAGGCAGAGCAGCAGCAACUCUCCAUGAGCUGUGAGGCUAACAGCCACCCACACCCACACUUCCUGUGAUGCAUAAUGAAAACAACAUUAACCUGAAAGAUGAUAACAACAGAAAUAAAUCUAAGCUAACGUUACACACCGCUCACACAGCGCUGACUGUACAGGCCUCACACAGCUACGACCUGCAUUCAGAACACCUGAUUCUACUGAACACAAACAAAUUAAUAAUAUACAAGCAAUCCAGGGAAGGCUUCCAGGAACGUGAGGAUCCAUAGACAGCUCUACAAAAGCAUCAGUCAGCAACAAUGUUACUAAUCACUGAGUGUUUCAUCCUUUAGAUACUCAAUAAAAAAAGUGCUGUGUUCACAUUUGUUUCUGCUGAAAUUGAGAGACUGAAAAUGCGUCUUUUUAAAGUUUGAAUAAACUGACUAAACUUCUCACGAGUCCAACCGUGAGGAACACUUCCCCCCACGACACAUCACAGGAGAACGUGGCAUCUCAGUGAAGGGGGACAGUAGCUCAGUUUAGGCAGUCACACUCAGAAUCGAUGCCUCCUGUCAGGGUCAAACGUGGUCCUCAGAAAUCUGCAGAUGUUUGGGGCAAGCUCUCACUGGUCUCUGCGUCUGUAGACUGAGCUGAUGUUUCUCCAGGUGUCUGGUAAAAGGACGAUGCUGCUGUCCAAUGAGGCGAGGAGAGAAGUAGCCAAACAGGCGAGAGCCGUGAAGGAGGAACGGUGGGCAGCUCUGGGUGCCCAACAUAAAUACCUGAUGAGCAGGCUGGCAGACACCGGCAGCCUGGAUGAGGCAGCGGUGGAAGACGCCAUCGUCUCUGAUGACAGAUUCAGUCUGAUCCAUGAAUUCUUUGCUGCAAACGGAUCCAAGAAGCUGAUUUUCUUCUAUCAGGAUGUCAAACAGAAUCUGUCCUCCCGUCAGUCUUCCUUUGUGGACGCAUCAAACUCAGCUGUGGCUCAGAGGAAACUCUUCCUCACUACGGGGAACUCUGAGCCUUUACUGGGGAAAUGUCUGUUCUUCCUGAGAACCACUGAGAAGGCCAUAACCACCGCUAACGUGCAGCAGGAAGUGAACUUUGGCGUGUUGGACUGCAGCGGCGGUGUCCUGAACAGUCUGGAAACUCUGCUGACUCACAUCAUGUUACCUGCUCUCAGGUCGCAGCAGGUAAAACACCUCCAUCCAUUCAGGCUUUCACUGAGCAUAAAAAGGGAGAUCUUUUAA